AUGGCAAAUGUAGACAAACUCAUCGAGCACAUAGGAAACUUUGGGCCUUUCCAGAAGAAGAUUGCCAUACUUGGUUCAUUUCCGUUGAUAGUAUUUGCUUUUGUACUUGUCGGAGUUGUUUUCCUAGGGCACACUCCAGAUCACUGGUGCUGGAGUCCUGGGUCUGAGCGCCUCCAGGAGGAAUGUGGCUGGACAGAGGUCGAGGUACGGGAAGUUACUGUUCCCCGCUCUGAACAGUCAGGAUCAUUCAGGCGCUGUGAGAGGUUUGAUGUGGACUGGAGCACAAGCCAAAACAAAUGCAACAAACUUGACUGGCUGUUGACUUCUAAUGGAACCCAGUUGGUGCCUUGUGACAAUGGAUGGGUGUUUGAUAAAAGCCACAGCACUAUUGUUUCUGAGUUCUCAUUGGUCUGUGAGAAAUCCUGGCUCGCUGACCUGAAUCAAGUUUCCCUGGCAUGUGGAUUUUUCAUUGGCUCUUUUGUCACCGGCUACAUGGCUGACAGGUUUGGCAGAAAGCCGUGUUUGACGGCAUCCAUGCUUGGCCUCGGUAUCUCUGGUGUAGGGGUCAUGCUGUCGCCAUGGUACCCGCUGCUGCUCAUCUUUAGAUUUUUACAAGGGUUUUUUGGAAAGGGAGCGUGGACGGCCACCUAUGUACUUGUGAUUGAGUUCUUUGGAUCAGACAACAGGAAAUUUGUGUCCAUGAUGAGCCGGACUUUCUACUCUAUUGGCAUGGUCAUCCUGCCUGGUCUUGCUUACUUCCUGUCUUCCUGGAGGACUCUGCAGUUGGUCAUGAGUGCGCCCUGCUUUCUGUUUAUUUCAUACCACUGGCUUGUUCCUGAAUCUCCACGCUGGCUGUUAUCGCAAAAAAGAACUACAGAGGCCAUGAGAGUUACUGCGAACAUUGCAAAAUGCAAUGGGAGAAAUUUACCACAUAAUCUUCCAGAGAUAAUUCUUUUGGAGGAAAAGAAAGAAGUAAAUCCUGUGUCAGUUAUGGAUUUGUUUAGGACACCAAAUAUAAGAAAAAACACACUCAUUUUAACUUAUGCCUGGUUUACCAGCACCGUUGUGUUUCAAGGCCUGGUCCUGCGGCUUGGGAUCACAGGCGAAAACCUCUUGUUAGAUUUCUUCAUUUCUGCUGUGGUGGAGCUUCCCACCGGCCUCAUCUUCUACCUGAUGGUCGACAGAGUCGGCCGACGUUCCCUCAUGGCCAUCGCCAAUUUCAUUGCUGGCAUUGCCUGCCUCACAGUCCCCUUCGUCUCCAUGGACUUUGCCUGGUUGAAAAAGUUGAUUGCAAUCAUCGGGAGGCUUGCCGUUGCCAUUGGAUUUGAGACUGUGAACUUUGCAAACACAGAGAUGUAUCCGACACCUCUGAGAAAUUUGGGCGUGUCAGUGUGUUCAUCAGCCAGCGACAUCGGAGCUAUAGCAGCCCCAUUUCUGCUCUACAGACUGGCCAGUAUCUCACAGGAGCUGCCUCUUUUUCUUUAUGGUGUGAUGUCGGUGCUGUACAGUGGACUGGUGACGAUGUUGCCUGAGAUGAGUGGAGUCGCCCUGCCAGAGACCAUAGAGGAAGUAGAAAAUUUAAGAGGGGGGAAAGACAAGUCAAAGGACACAGAGGGAAACAGCAUGAUAAUAUGA